AUGUCGCCCCCGAGCCUGAGAGCACACUAUCUCCACUACUUGGAAGAGCUUAACUCCCACGCCGACCGACCCGGAUGGAAACCUGACCUGGCCGCUUUUGUCGGCGAUGAGCUGCACUAUAAUGACCGGCCCCUCGCCCGUGCUACCUAUGAAGCACUCAUCUCAGACUCGGUUAAUCAGCUUCCUGGGCUGCGCUACCACCCCAUCACACUAGUGGUCGACGAAGAAUCCAAACGGGUUGCUUGUCGUCUCGAGUUCACUGUGAUACCCAAGGACCCAUACAUGGGGGUGGCAGCAGGGCAGCGCAUGAGAUUUUAUGAGCAUGUCUUUUACGACUUUGAGGAUGGGCGGAUUGUCCGCGUCCAUGCGGUAUUUUCUACGCCGGAAGUGUUGGCGACAUGA